AUGGACCGCCAGCUCAACAUCAGCUGCCUCGGCGGUGCGACGCCGGAUGCCAGUAACCGGAGCGGGUCAUCCGGAGGGCUGGAGGGCGGCAGGGCACAGCUCUCCGUCUUCAGCGUGCUUGUCCUCACUCUCCUGGCCAUGCUGGUGGUGGCCACUUUCCUGUGGAACGGCUUGGUCCUGGCCACCAUCUUCCGCGUGCGCACGUUUCAUCGGGUGCCCCACAACCUGGUGGCAUCCAUGGCCAUCUCCGACGUGAUGGUGGCAGCCCUCGUCAUGCCCCUGAGCUUGGUGCACGAAUUAUCAGGGCGGCGGUGGCGGCUGGGUCGCUCACUUUGUCAAGUGUGGAUCUCCUUUGACGUUCUGUGCUGCACUGCCAGCAUCUGGAACGUCACUGCCAUCGCCCUCGACCGCUACUGGUCCAUCACCCGGCACCUGGAGUACACGCUGCGCACCCGGCGCCGAAUCUCCAACAUCAUGAUCGUGCUUAUCUGGGCGCUCUCUGCCUUCAUCUCCCUGGCCCCGCUGCUCUUUGGCUGGGGAGAGACUUACUCGGAGGACAGUGAGGAAUGCCAGGUAAGCCAGGAGCCUUCCUACACCAUCUUCUCCACCUUCGGGGCCUUCUACCUGCCCCUCUGUGUGGUGCUGUUUGUCUACUGGAAGAUCUACAGGGCGGCCAAGUUUCGCAUCGGAUCUCGGAAGAGCAACUCCAUCACUCCCGUCUCACCAGAAGCCCUAGAGAUAAAGGAAGCUGCCCAGCAGCCACAGAUGGUCUUCACUGUCCGACACGCCACGGUUACGUUCCAGACAGACGGAGACACGUGGAGAGAGCAGAAGGAGAGGAGAGCUGCCCUCAUGGUGGGCAUCCUCAUUGGAGUCUUCGUGCUCUGCUGGAUUCCCUUCUUCAUCACGGAGCUCAUCAGCCCACUCUGCUCCUGCGACAUCCCGCCCAUUUGGAAGAGUAUUUUUCUAUGGCUAGGCUAUUCCAAUUCCUUUUUUAAUCCCCUCAUUUACACUGCUUUCAACAAAAACUACAACAAUGCCUUCCGGAACCUAUUCUUUAGACAGCACUGAGCAAGAGAAGCUUUCUCUGCCCCACGAGGCUAUUGUCAGCUCUCAGUGGAACCUAACAAACUCCUGAGGAAGCUGAGAACCACAAACACUGCAGUGAUGCUACGGAUGUGUCCCCAUAGUUAUGUCCCAGCAAUGGUCCCCAUUCCUAUGCAGUUGCUAUUUUUCAUGAAGCAGCAUGCAAAGGUUUCUCUGGCUAGCAGCAAAGAGUUCUGCCUCCAGUGCCCCACUGCUUUCCUCCUCCCUUCACAGUGAUGCUCUCGGGACAUUGAGGUGACAGUGAUGGCUUCUGGGAAAGGUUCCCAUUUGAAACUCUGGUGUGGCCCACUGCUGGUCUCCUGGAGCAUUAAUCAGCUUUGUCCCAUUGCAAAGAUGGGAGCCUUCAGUGUCAGGGCAGUUGGUGACUCUGGAUGAAACUUAAUGUUCCUGGCUUGGUUGAACAGACUGUCAUAGCUUUCGCUGGUAGAGAUUAUCGAGUGUUUGUGUUUGAGAGAUAAUGUCCUCGUUGAAGGGUUAAAAGCAGAAUCCCAACCACAAUGCCCUUUUUCACAUCAACAACAGAUUGUGCUGUUUGCUAUUCUGUUCCAUGUAGCAGGUUUUUUAAAAAAAUAUUUAUUGUGAAAGCUUAGUGCAUGGUAUACACUGGAAUGAGAAAUAAUGCAUGGGAAAUCCACCUGUCUCAUUGCCUAACUGAUAAGCAUCUGCUUCAGACUUUUACUUUCCAAAACCCCAGGCCUUCUUGGGCUGUGAAUGUUGAACUGUGUCCAUGUUUGCCAUUCUAAAUCACAGAUGUAUUUUGAGCAGAUGUGG